CCGGACGGUUUACCGGUGCCGCUGAGAAAACUUCUUCUUUAAGUCUUUUCACUGGCAGCAAAUAAAGUUCGCAAAACGGAAGCAUGUAUGAAAACAAAGUGAGUCUGUGAGUGACUCGCGUGUGCGCGCGCACCGCUCCAACUUCAGGACCACCGGGCUGUCCAGUGCGUGUGUGUGCGGAGCUCCAGCAACCCACCGGUCCGGUCCACGGGACGUCCCUCCGGUCCACGGGACGUCCCUCCGGAAUGCGCUCUGCCGGGGACCUGAACCAUGGCCUGGCGAGCGUGGACCAAACUCUGCUGCGGUCAAAAGUGGCUUCUCCUCCUCUCGCCCCUCGUCUUCCUCUUCCUCGCCAUCUCCGUGAUGACGACGACCCUCCCCAUCCUGCUGCACGAUGUCGACUGGCGGUCCUCCCGAGCCCUGAGCUCCGCCUGGGAGUUCCGUUCCAGGCCGGGAGUCGUGGAGCGACCUCCCGCCGCCGCCGCCGCCUCCCGACCGCCGCUCGCUCCCGUCCACGCCGCAGCCUGGAAAUCCGGCGCUCGGGAAGAGACGUCCGAAACUCUCCAGGAGGAAGCCGCCGAUAACCAAACUGGCGUGAAAGAGAAGAGAAAGAAACACAAAGACAAAGGCAUCGCCUCCAAAAGGAAGGAGAAGGCGGGCGCCGUGCGGCGCCCAACCAGCGGCCGUCAGCGUCUCCCACAGCGUGGAAUGAAGCUGAGCAACCGCAGCGCCGCGGUGAAGACCCGCCUCCAUCUUGAAAGGGGCAGAUCCACAGCCGCGCUCAUCCUCAGACGGGACAGCGACGGCGGCCCCGAGAGUCAGCGGGCUUUGGGAAAACUCAGACAAGCAGCAAAGAACUCUGGGAAAUCUGUUCAAGUGGGUAAGAAGCCGCACGCUAACCUCUCGGAGGACCGCCUCCUAGAGAGUCCCGGGUCGUCGGACCGCAGGAAGGCCGCCGCGAGGGAAGAUGGCGGCGGCGGCUGGUGUCGGCGCUUCAGGGACCAGGACUUCCCAGAUGGCGACCGCAGGCCGAUCCGGACCGGUCCCGGUCUCCGGUUCCCCCCCUGGCUCAGCCGGGACGACGUCCGGAAGAUGGAGCUCCUGGCCGAGGGCGCGGUGGUCAGCAAGGCCAGGGUGCCGGCGCACGGACAGGUGCUCCGAGUGGCGCUGGACGCUCCAGCACAGCAGCAGCAGCCGUCUCAUAAGAGCGGUUCCACUGAGCCUGGACCUGGACCUGGACCUGGGCCAGGACCUGGCCAGAGGCAUCCGGUGACCCACGCCGAGCGCUGCCAGCGGGGGCGCUGUUCUCUGAUCAAACGCCCCGACGACUGGUUCGAGGUGCUGGCGUUCCACCUGGACCGGGUGCUGGGCCUCAACCGGACUCUCCCCGCGGUGCUGAGGACUUUCCGCAGCGAGAUUCUGCCGUACCGGUACAUCGGCGGCGCCCCCCGGCCCGCGGUGUGGUGGGAUCCGGAUAUUCGGCACGUCGCCGACGAGGACAACGACCAGAACUCGGUGCCGCUCAGCUGGGCCCAGUACCAGAAGCUGCUGCAGCUGCGCUGCGGGAGAGAGGCUGACCUGAGGUCAGCGGCGUGCGUGGGAGUCCACCACUCAGAGUGGGGGAGGCUGGCUCUCUUUGACUUCCUACUGCAGGUGAACGACCGGCUGGACAGGAACUGCUGCGGCUUCAGUCCCGAUCCCACAGAACUCUGCGUGGAGAACCUCCUCCACGCCAAGUGUGGCAACCCAGAGGACCGGCAGCUGGUCCACAUCCUGGUCCGUCUCCUCCGCCGUGAUAAAGGUGAGGGAGGCCGAUCCCUCCAGACUGGUGUUCAUAGACAACGCCGGCCGACCGCAGCAGUCUUCCGACAACCUCAACUUCCAGCUGCUGGAGGGCAUCGACGAGUUUCCGGAGGGAGCCGUGUCGCUGCUGCGGUCGGGCUGCCUGGAGAGUCUUCUUCUUCGCUCGCUCUACACGGACCGGGAGUUCUGGGACCGGAGGGGCGGAGCCAGCGGCCUCCGGCCUCUCAUCCGCACUCUGGAGCUCAGAGGGAAGAUCCUCCUCCGGCACAUCGGGGACCUGAAGCUCCUCCGGACGAGGGACCUGUGACGGAGCUCAUCACGUCAUCGGGUUACACGCCCAGGCCCACGGACCGCCGGCUCACCGCGACAUCGUGAUCCGAGGUGUGAAAGUCCAAUUUAAGUCACUCAGUGUUCAGUCAGACGUCACUUCAGGAGUGAUUGAGAGAUUGUCUCCACACCGCUCUCAACAUGGCGACGGCUAGCAGCUAACGGUGCUUACAGCGCGAACAGAGCUAACGGUGUUUAUCUGAGGAGUUCUGCCGUCAAAGAGAGGCCUCCUUUGACCUCCUUUGACCUCCUUUAGACUCCUUAGGUCACCUUUGGCCUCCUUUGGCCUCUUUUGACCACCUUUGACCUCCUUUUGACCCCCUUUGACCUCCUUUUCAACCUCAUUUAACCUCCUUUGGCCUCCUUUCAUCUCCUUUUGGCUUGCUUUGCCCCCUUUUGGCUUCCUUUGCCCCCCUUUCGACCUCCUUUUGAGGUCCUUUGGCCUCCUAUGGCCUCCAAGCCUCUAAUGUCGGACUGACAGCAGAGCUGAAGAUGGACCUGCUGUCAACUUGACGAUUACUGUUCGAUGUAAAUUAAGUGAUUUUAAUGAAUAUUCAUAAAUAAUUCUAAGUUUACAGUCAAACCAAAGAUUUAUAAUACAUUAUUAUUAUUCCUCUUUUGAUGAAUAAUGUUUCAGGACUUCAAGAGAUGCUCAUUACAGGUUGUUACAUACGGCUUUAUUAAUAGUUCACUCAUGAUUAUACAAACAUCACUUCCCUGCUAUUUAUUAUUGGGUUAGGAACACAUCUUACCUGGAAGUUAAGAGUCAAAUUAUGAAGAAAUGUUCACGAGUUUCUCAUAAGCCGUUAAUACGUCGUUAAUAACAUGAGUGCAGUAACAAAAGGGCUAAUGACUCCUCUUUAGUUGCUUUUAUUAUAGUAAUCGUUGAGUCAUUAAUAAGUGUCAGAAGCUCUUUGGUACAUCAGAGAUGUCUAGAACUAGAGCGAGACCACGCAAAGUCCUUAUUAGGGACUCAUACCUGACCCAUGAGUCAUUAAUGAAGAGUCAAACAACCUGGAGGUCCUCACUGAAGCACACACGUCUCUCCGAGAGGAGGCGGAUUAUUCCCUCGCUCCUCCUCUCAGCCAAGUGAGCGGAAUUAUUUUUUUCCAAAGAAUUUAGUGGAACGAAGCGUCGUCUCUUUUUCUAUUUUACCAAGAGAGCGAGCAGCAGAUCGAGUGAUUGAUUUGGACGUCUGUUUUUAACGAGAUAAGCUUCUCUUCUUUUAAUCAAGGGAUUAAAAAUGUCUUCUGGACUCGAUCCGAAG